AUGCUAAAUCGUGCACUGACUACAACAAAUUUUCAAGCCAUCAUGGAACCUGAACCAGAAGAUAUUGCUGAGUAUGCUGUGGAUGAGGUAGAUGAUGCUUACCUACCACAGGAGUCCAAGGAAGAGUCGUCUUCCGAUGGGGAUGAAUUUCCUGAUGAUACAGUUGUAUUAGAAGUCAAUAACUUGACUACAGUCUCCCCACCCCAUUCUAAACCCAAACCCAAGACUGGGCGCAGAAAAUUCUCAAGGCUGUUCUGGGAACAUGUUCAUAGCAGAGAUGAAGCACCUACAAUCCCCAUAUAUGAUGUCAGUGACAACAGUGAGAAUGAAGAGGGCAUCUCUCUUCCUGUAAAUCUGUUGAGGAGAUUCUUCUCUGAUGACCUCUUAGAUAUGGUUGUUCAGCAGUCCAACUUGUAUUCAUUACAACGAAAUGCAAACAAACCAUUUGAUAUAGAUAGAUCAGAGCUUGAACAAUGGUUAGGAUUGUGUAUGAUCAUGUCUGUUAGUAGGAUACCUAAUACAAGAUUGCACUGGUCAUGCUUCUCUGUGGGAAGUGAAAAGAUUAGUUCAUCUAUGAGCAGAGACAGGUGGGAGGAAAUAAAGAUGAAUUUGCACCUUACAGAUAAUUCCCAAAUAGAUCCUAACGACAAACUGUCAAAGAUAAGACCUUUACUCGAACAUCUGAGAUCUAAAUUCAAAGAAAUCCCCAUGACUGAAUAUUUGUGUGUAGAUGAGCAGAUGGUACCUUUCAAGGGGAAUUCAUCUUUGAAACAAUAUAUUCCCAAGAAACCACACAAACGUGGAUCUAAGAUUUUUGUUUUGGCAGAUGAUAUGGGAAUGGUGUAUGAUUUCAUGCCAUAUGUUGAUAAAAUAGAGCCUGUAAAUAAUCCAAAUGUUCCAGAUCUGAAACCAAGUGCUAAUUCAAGAAUCAUAAGUUAUAAGCAACUUCAAGCUUAUGGGCGUGGGUCUUCUGAUGAAUGGGAAACAGUAUUUGAGAAUGGUAACAAAAUAACACCUCUAAAAUGGUUUGACAACAAAGCAGUGCACCUUGUAUCUACAUUUGCCACUUAA